AUGGAGUCGGUCUUUGGGGAACCAUCCUCAACUAGUCAUUCCAGUUCUAUUAGCAAAGAUUUUAUGGCUCAAGAACAUCAGUUUGUGUCUCCAAAAAUGGGCGGGAGUGGACUUGGCCUGACCCAUGUUGGCAGCAAAGGGGAAGCUCAAAUGGUGGAUGUCACACCUAAAGAAAGUACUAAGAGAGCUGCCACCGCUAGUUGCAAAGUAAUUCUGGGCAAGAAGGUGUUCGAUUUGGUUUCAGCUAACCAAAUGGCCAAGGGAGAUGUUCUUAGUGUGGCAAAAAUUGCUGGAAUAAAUGGAGCAAAGCAGACUAGCAGCCUGAUCCCAUUAUGCCACAACAUUAUCCUGACUCAUGUCUGCGUUGAUCUGACAUUGAACCCAAAUGACUUUAGUGUUGACAUAGUAGGGGAAGCAGCUUCCACUGGGAAAACCGGGGUUGAGAUGGAGGCACUAACAGCUGUGUCCAUUGCUGGUUUAACAGUAUACGAUAUGUGCAAGGCUGCUUCGAAGGAUAUUCAGAUCACAGGCAUACAACUUGAGCAUAAAACUGGUGGCAAGAGUGGGGACUGGACUAGAAAGGAGUGA